AGCUGAUCUUCCUACAUGUGAGCACAAACAUGCGCAGCAUGCACCGGUGAUAAGAAUCAUAUCACCAUCUGAGAUCAAACCAGGUAUUUUUAGGACAGAGGAUGCUGCUUCCUGUGAGCGAGCAUUAACAAUGUGCUGUGGGACAGAAAAUGGGUCAUUUAGUGGGAUAUAAAAGUCCAAACUAGAGCACUUGUUUUUGCUGCUCCAACAGAGCAAAACCCUUAAGGAAAUAUUUGCAAUCACUCGCACAGCUUAAAUCUGUCUGAACAGUUAUCAAUUAUUAAUUGAAAAAUACUUUUUGAAAAAAAACGAAAGAGUCCAAAAACCUCUGCAUAUCUAUCUAAUUAAUAAAAUCUUUUUUUUAUUAUUAAAAUGGUUGAAUAGGAAAUUUGGGAAAUGGUUUAUUUGGGCAGUUAUACAUUUCCGAAACAAUGAAAUUUAGCAGAAAAAAUAAAUCCCUAAUUUUGUUUUACACAAGUAGCCCAUGUGUUUUCUGUGAUGUUUUAGAGCAACUCCUUACUUGUUUCAGGAAAUCUGUGCCCUGUUUACCUGACAGUUGUUUUUUUUUUUUUUUUUUUUUCUCUCCUAAGACAUGGAAAAUGAGACUUUUAAUUACGAGUCUACAAAUGAUUCAGAGGAGCUUUGCGACCUUGGUACUGUCCAAGCAGAGGCUGUCACCCAGACAACCCUCCACGCCAUCAUCUGUGUUUUUGGCCUCAUCGGGAAUCUUCUCGUGAUGAUAACCUACUUCUUCUACAAAAGAAGCAAGACCAUGACAGAUGUGUAUCUUUUCAAUCUGGCUGUGGCAGACCUGAUCUUUGUGAUUGUUCUACCUCUAAUCAUACUCAAUGAGCAGGCUGGCUGGUCAAUGGGUAUUGUGGCCUGUAAAAUGUUAGAGUCAGCCUACAGCAUCAACUUGUUCAGCAGCACACUGUUGCUGGCGUGCAUAAGUGCUGAUCGUUAUGUUGCCAUAGUCCAUGCCAGACGCUCAUUUGGGUCUCGCUCCCACGCACUGACCUACAGCCGUCUAAUCUGCUCAACAAUCUGGGCGUCUGCGCUGGCUUUAACCCUGCCCACAUUGAUCUUCACUGAACUCUUUGAGGAGAGCGAUCCAAUUACUGGGACAUCCAACAUGAAGUGUCAGCUGUCUUUUAACAAGCCUCACACAGCAAAACUGAUGAAAGUGCUGGUUCCUGGCCUCCAGAUGGCCAUAGGAUUCCUGGUGCCUGUGCUGGUUAUGGGAUUUUGCUACUCCUGCAUUGCAUACAGCUUGUUGAGAGCCCAGAGGACCCAGAGGCACAAGGCCAUCAAGGUCAUUGUGGCAGUUGUGGUUGCUUUUCUCCUCUGCCAUCUUCCCUACAAUGUGACUUUGUUGAUCCACACCAUGUCUCUAUUCAAGGAGAGAAGCUGUGAGGUAGAAAAGACCAAACUCUAUGUUCUGAAUGUUUCUAAGAGCGUAGCCUACCUGCACUGUUGUCUCAAUCCCAUUCUCUAUGCCUUUGUUGGGGUGAAAUUCAGGAGCCAUUUCAUGGAGAUCAGUUCAGACAUUUGGUGCUUUAGUAAAAAGCACAUCUAUUCUGCUCGCUCGUCGCGGGGGGCCUCUGAUCUGUGCACCUCAGGGUUGAAGUCUUCAGAUGUUUCUCAUAAUAUGUCUUCAUUCAGUGCAUGACAGAAACCUCUCAGCAGCCCAUGCUUAACUUGAAGAAUUUUAUGUUUGCCUACUAGUAUGAAAUGUUUCCAUGGCCAAACUUCAUUUUGCUGUUUUGUGGAAAAAUCUAAUUUUUAAAGUAAUGUCAUUUGAUAGAUUAGUGUUUAUUUUUUUCACCAAAGAUCCUCAAUCUACUGCUGUGAACAGAGCUGUAAAACAUGUUUAAAAAGAUUGAUUGGAUUGUAUCUUUGUUUUGUUUUAAAUUAAAGAUUUGUACUCAUUGCUUUUUUAUAUCUCAAGAAGUUAUGUGACUCUUUUAAAAAUAGAAUGUGUAUUUCUUAUAAGCUUAAGUAGGGUAAAGCAAAGCUGUGUGCAUUAACCCUCAUUCUCUCUUAUGGGUCCAGAUGACCCCACCCUUACAUUGAUGUGUGAUCUCUCACAUGACAAAGGUGGACGGGAUUUGAUGUCUGCCACGGACACCAGUGAAAACUUUAAAAAAAAAAAAAAAAAAAAAAGAAAACUUGGAAAAAAAAGGUUCAGGGCGCUGUCUUGUGGGGUCCAGAUGAGCCCACUUUUAAUGCUGUCAGUAGUUGGGUAGCCUACAUCCUCUCAAAGACUCCAACUGGGAGUAAACCAGGUUUAGAAAAUGAAUGGAUGGUGGAUUUACUUUCUGACUUAAGUUCCUGCUCAAUAUU